GCUGGUUCGGCUAAUCACAAACCACCACCCCUCUCGCUCUCUCUCUCUCUUCCCAGAGACUUGCUCUGAUUAUUUCGGUGUUGGAGGAAAUGGCGUCGAAUCUCCUGAAAGCUUUAAUCCGAUCGCAGAUUCUUCCGUCGUCGAGGAGGAACUUUAGUGUGGCUACCACCCAGCUCGGCAUUCCAACCGACGAUCUAGUGGGCAAUCACACCGCCAAAUGGAUGCAGGAUAGAAGCAAGAAGUCACCAAUGGAACUGAUCAAUGAGGUUCCACCAAUCAAAGUUGAUGGAAGGAUUGCUGCUUGUGAAGGAGACACCAAUCCGGCCCUCGGUCAUCCGAUUGAAUUCAUAUGCCUCGACCUAGACGAGCCUGCGAUCUGUAAGUACUGUGGCCUUCGUUAUGUUCAAGAUCAUCAUCACUAAGACAAAUAUGAAAGUAAGAUCUCUGGUGUCUAUCUCCCCUUUCUCUAUUGUAUUUUCAAGUUUGUUUAUCGCUUUUGUGAUGCUCUGGCAAUUUCAUAUGUAAUAAAGGAUUUGAUCAAAGUCGGGUAAGUGUGAUUUUGUUUGAUCUCACUUCCACUCGCGUCAGGUAGCAACAUUCAAUAUCUGAUAUCUGUGUCUUUUCCAUGCCGCUCAAAAAAGGCUUGGGGAUUGCUAAAGCCAGUGUUGAUUAUUGACUCUCUUUUUCUUAACUCGUAACGACCAUUUUUGCCACCAA